AUGGCGAUCGUAUCAUUCACGCUCACAGACGACGGCGUGACCGCCUUCCAGAAUGCAUUGGCGUGCAUCCUGAAGUUUAGCGAAGACGUCUCGCUCGACGCUCGAAGAGACAAGCUCAUCUUAAGCGCUCUGAAUGCCAUCAAGUCCGCGUUUGUGUCUUUCAACUUCGCUUCGUCCCACUUCUUUCGUUACAAAUACGAAGGCAGCGAGCGAUCACCAGACAAGUUCCAGUGCCUAAUUCUCAUCCGGGCUUUGCUCUCCAUUUUCCGUAGCAGAACAAGCGGUGACACCAGCCGUGGUGGCAGUGGUGACUCGAGUAUCGAGAGAUGUGACGUCUCGAUUGAGGACGGGCCGGACCGAAACAGCCGUUUUGUGGCUAAGAUUGCUUGGAGGAAUGGUAUCACGGCCACGCAUGCUAUUUCGUUCGAGGCCCAGGCUCCCGUUCUUGCCAGAUUUGACAGCUCUGGUGCUGACAAUCAAUGGUCGAUUUCCGCACAUACGUUGCGGCGCUUGAUGGACCAUUUUGGACCCAAGGUCGAGCUGCUCGACAUCAACACGGAGGGUGAAGGUGUCCUGAAUCUCACCUGCUCUACUGAAAAGCAGUAUACAAAAACAGACGGGUUUCUGAACAUGAAUGUGCAUACAUCAAUCGCAGUCAAGAUGGAUGAUUUCGACGACAUUGACAUCGAACACAAACAUCACAUUAUUAUCAAUGUGAAGGACUUCCGAGCCAUUCUCCAACACGCGUGCACGACAAGCGGAAAGCUUACUGCGCAAUAUUCACAGCCUUGGAAACCAUUAAGGUUUUCAUACAGUGAAAACGGGCUGUAUUGCCAGUUUGUACUCAUGACAGUGGGCGAGAAGGAAGGCUCGAACUCCAAGAAAGACGGCACUAGAGUCCACAACUCGCGCACAAAAAGACCGUCGUUUCCAGCAGGCACAGCUUCGACGACUGCAACUCUACCUGAGGCUGGCCAGCGCCUGUCCAGCCGGGUAGAACCGGACUCGGCUCCAGCGGACGGGCUGCCAUCUACCAGCAGGACAGGUCCUUUGUCUGCACCCAUUACACAUUCCGGGUUUGAGAUGAGACCACCACUGGCCCCUCCGUCUACUAUACGGAUGGAGGCCUUGUAUGAUGAGGAUAGCCAGUGGGAGCCUGUCAACCCGGAGGAAGAAAACCCUGGGUUCGUUCGUAUUGAAUGGGAUGAAAGUCUACGGCCGGAAUUGGCUUUCGUGCCUAUUGCCAACGACCAUAGUGUCAAUGUGGAUGAACCGGCACCCACAGAUGUGCCUGGAGGACUGGAGCCGACACAGCGUCUUACACAGGUUCGCAAAUUUGGGUUGUUUGAUUGA